AUGAAGUUAUUGGUUACAUACGUGGUGACCUCCAUGGCGACGGUUUUGCGUAAGUCAAACUACUCAGCAACGAAUAUGAAAUUCCAUGCGGUUGCUUUUCUGCUACUAGUGUCAUCUACAUCCGGCAAAAUUCGAUGCUAUGAUUGUAUAUCGCCCAAAAAUACUGUGAGUUGGGGAAGUUAUUGCACAGAACAGAGGUACUGUUAUGGAGAUUACUGCACAAGAGGACCGAAUGCUAAAUCUAACGGAAUCCUUCAUGGCUGUUCUUCCUCGCCUCCAUUGGAUGGUGUUGUAAGCGAAUGCAAGAUAGCUGAAUCGCUGUAUGACCUUCACACGAAUUGCUACUGCAAAAACAACAACUUCUGCAACGCGUCGCCACUUGUUUUAUGGUUUGUUGCUUUGGCCGCUUCACUUGCUGUGAUCAUUUGUUUCGUAGAUUAG